GCGCCUGCUCUCCCCACCGAAGCGCCGCGCGCCAAAAUCUGAGGAAGAAGCGACCGUGUUACACAAAAGCGUCGCCAUUCUCGCAGAGGUGGGAACAAAGGUUCGCUGCCGUUAAAGGAACAGCGACCGAGAGCUUCUCUCUCUGGGGCUGCGGCGCUUUCCACGCCCAGACUCCAUAACGGGGAGAGCGAGCGAGAGAGAGAGAGAGAGGGAGAGGGAGAGAGAGAGAGAGGGACGACCCAGGACACACCGCACCGCACGGACAGAGAGCUAGUGCGCGCGAGACCGACCCGAGUGUGCAUGUGUGCGUGCGUGUAGCACUGACUGAGCGAGAAAGAGAAAGAAAAGCGUGUCUGACGAGCCGACGGAACGGCGUUUCCAGGCAACCGGCCUGUGGACCGCUCGCGCUCCCUCCCUCGAGCCCGCUGUUCCGUUCCGCUCCUCUCCUCUCCUCUCCGCCGAGACCGGAGCGCGCUGCCGAGAGUCCGGGACGGAGGGGACGGGGCUCCGCCGUGCACAGCGAGCUAGCGAGCGCACGAUGCUGUGUGGCGCGCCUCGGCCGUGAGAGCUGAACCCCCCCCCUCCUACUGGCACUGGCAGCCGGGCUCGGAAUAGAGCGGCGCGCCUCGGCACCAUCAUGGGUAAGGAGCAGGAGCUGCUGGAAGCGGCGCGCACCGGCAACGUUGGCGUCGUGGAGAAAUUACUGAGUGGGAAGAAGGGGCUGCUGGGCAGCGCGUCGGGCUCCAUCCCUCUGCCCGGGCUGCUCAGCAUCUGGCGGGGCCUGAAUGUGAACUGUGCUGACAGCUCUGGGUACACACCUUUGCACCACGCCUCACUCAACGGACACAGGGAUGUGGUGCUAAAACUUCUCCAGUUCGAAGCCUCCACCAACGUGGCCGACAGCAAGGGCUGCUUCCCUCUGCAUCUAGCCGCUUGGAAGGGAGAUGUGGAGAUCGUGCGCAUCCUCAUCCACCAUGGCCCCUCGCACUGCAGGGUCAACGAGCAGAACAACGAGAAUGAGACUGCGCUGCACUGCGCUGCCCAGUACGGGCACUCUGAGGUGGUUCGGGUUCUGCUGGAGGAGCUGACGGACCCUACUAUGCGAAACAGCCGUGGUGAGACACCUCUGGAUCUGGCGGCACUUUAUGGCCGACUGCAGGUGGUCCGUAUGCUGGUCAACGCCCACCCCAGCCUGAUGAGCUGCAGCAAUGGCAGGCACACACCGCUCCACCUGGCCGCACGCAAUGGGCAUCGUGCAGUCAGUGAAGUGCUCCUGGAUGCUGGCAUGGAUGUCAACAUGAAGACGGAGAAGGGCAGUGCCCUCCACGAAGCAGCACUCUUUGGGAAGAUGGAUGUAGUCCGGCUCCUCUUGGAUUCAGGGAUUGAUGCCAACAUCCGGGACAGCCAUGGAAGGACUGCCCUGGACAUUCUGAAGGAGCAUCCAGCUCAGAAAUCCCAGCAAAUCACCGCACUCAUUCAAGAGUACAUGGCCAAGGAGAUGGACAGCAAGAGUUUGAUAGAGGAGCCGGUUCGACACUGUCCAGUACCCACGCCCCGUACCUCUGUGUCCUCCCCGGCCGCCUCACCCUCCCUCAGGAUCAAGAAUGACGCUGUGACGGGUGAGCUGUCCAAGCUGUUGAAUGAAAUCCAGAUGUGCCGGGAUCGGGACUGCUCCUUUGAAGACCUAUGCCAGACCAUCUCCUCCCACUCCAUGGAGAGCUUCAGCAGUGGUCGCCAUGCUGAUGAACAACGAAAUGGCACCCUGAAUCGCAUCAGUAAGAAGCGCUCGCCUCCGCUGGCCCCCGCUCCAGAGGAGGAUGAGGGGGAGAAGAGCUGUGGUCCAACCGGCCUCUGGGAGGCGCUCACACCCUGCAACGGCUGCCGAACCUUGGGCUUCUCCGGAUUGUCUCAGGAUACCAAGCGAGUGGCGGAGGUCAUCCCUUCUCCAUCUCUCGACGUCUUCCUGCCUGAGGACGAGGACAACCCUUUUGAGUUUGUCACCACCGCAGUCACCCGCAAACCCUGCUCACUGGACAUUGGCCCCCUAUCGGCCUGCUCCCGGAGCGUUUCAGACAACUCCCCCCAUGUGACCAUCGCGGAACCUGAUCUGUGUAACCAUGGGAACAGCUCUGCAGGGCCAACUCCAGACUGCUCACCCCCCUCUCCUGACACAGCGUUAAAGAACAUUGAGAAAGUGAUCCGCCCACAGGUUUAUACGACUGCCAACCAGUUGGAUGUGGUCUCAUUAAUGGUCACAUCCCAGCCGAAGCAGCGCACAUCGCUGUCUUCUGUCUUGGAGGUUCAGCGACCCAACCACAGCUACGACCCCUCAGAAGUCAGCUCAUCCCUGGGCUACGCCAGCUUCAGCGCCAGUCCACCGCUCAGCCCUGCCCUCAGCCCCGCCCCUGGCUCUGCAUUCAGCCCGGCCAACUACUCCAUUGGCUCUGCAGAGGACUGUGGCCUGGCAGAGGAGACCCUCGUGGAGGAGGAUUGCCGGGGAGGACAUGUGCCAGAGCAGUUUGCCGGUCUGCUGCACGGCUCGUCGCCAGCCUGUGAGUCACCAGAUAACCCCUACCAGCUGUACGGCAAGGUGCACAAGUUCAGCGCCUUCGAACCAAGCUCAGCGCAUCACCACGGCAACUUGCUGCAGGCGCCUGAAAUUUGCACACGUCUCCCUUGCACGGGCAGCGACACUUCUGGCCUGAAGGGCCCACGGGAGCCCAAACCUCAGGUGGUCUACCGGACUAUCUUCCACACCCGCGUCAACCAGAACCUAAAUCAGAACCCAGUAGGCUCCACAGGAACUUCCUUUGGCCGGCCGGGGCUGGAGGAACGAGCCUGCACUCUGGGCAGGAUGCGGUCCGUUCCCAGGAACGUGCUGGACCUGCAGCUCUCCCGGAACUUCUCCAAGUCCGACUCCAACCUGAUCUCAGUGUCACCCAUUCAGGAGGAACGUCGCAGCCAACCUGGCGCCGGUAGAACCAGCCCCAGUAAUAGGCUGGAGAGAACACCCUCCUUCACAGCCGAGUGGGAGGAGAUUGAUAAGAUCAUGAGCUCAAUUGGAGCUGGAAUUGGUACGGGGCUAGAAGAGAUCAAGGAAGACCCGUCAGGGCCACGCUGCCCAGCCCAGUCCGUGGGCCAGUGGCUGGACAACAUUGGCCUGGUCCAGUACGAGAACCACCUGCUGGCCAACGGGUUCGACAACGUGCAGUUCAUGGGCAGUAAUGUGGUGGAGGACCAGGACCUGCUGGAGAUCGGCAUCCUCAACUCCGCCCACAGACAGCGCCUCCUCCAGGCCAUCCGGCUCCUACCUCGGGUGCGGCCCAUCGGCUAUGAUGGCAACAACCCGACGUCGGUGGCGGAGUGGCUGGAGUCCCUGGAGCUCGGAGACUACACCAAGGCCUUCCUGGUCAAUGGAUACACCUCCAUGGAGCUGGUGAAGAAGAUUUGGGAAAUAGAGCUCAUCAACGUGCUGAAAAUUAAUCUGAUAGGACACCGGAAGCGUAUCCUUGCCUCCCUGGGAGACCGGCUCCACGACGACCCUCCCCAAAAACCACCCCGAGCGAUAUCUCUGAGGGAGCCCACCGGGAACCACACGCCCCCACAGCUGUCGCCGUCACUCAGCCAAAGCGCCUACACUACCGCCGGCUCCCUGGACGUGCAGCACCUCAUGAUGCAGGCCGACGCACGGCGACGACGCAAUGAAAACUACUUUGACGAUGUGCCGCGCUCCAAGCUGGAGAGGCAGAUGGCGCAAGUGAGCAUGCAAGGCGAAUGGUGUGAGCCGAUCACGUUGCGGCCGCCGAACGAGGCGACGUCGUCCACGCCAGUGCAGUACUGGCAGCACCAUCCCGAGAAGCUUAUCUUCCAGUCGUGUGACUACGAGGCCUAUUACCUGGGCUCCAUGCUGGUGAAGGAGCUGAGAGGGACGGAAUCCACGCAGGACGCCUGUGCCAAAAUGAGGAAGUCUACAGAACAGAUGAAGAAGAUCCCCACCAUUGUCCUGUCUGUCUCCUACAAAGGAGUCAAAUUUAUCGAUGCCACAAAUAAGAACAUCAUCGCCGAGCACGAAAUCCGCAACAUCUCCUGCGCUGCCCAGGACCCCGAGGAUCUCUCCACGUUCGCCUACAUCACCAAAGACCUGAAGUCCAGCCACCACUACUGUCACGUGUUCACGGCCUUCGACGUGAACCUCGCCUAUGAGAUCAUCUUGACGCUGGGUCAGGCCUUCGAGGUGGCCUAUCAGCUAGCUCUCCAGGCGCGGAAAAGCGGCCACGGCUCGUCCACGCUGCCCGAGAGCUUCGACAGCAAGCCGACCAAACCGAUCCCCAAGCCCCGCAUGAACAUUCGCAAGUCUGUCAUGCCCCCCUCUAGCCGCUGGUCCCUGGGACACAUACAUACCCCCCACCGGCCUCCUCACCUUCCUCCUCCUCCUUCCCGACUCCUUCAUCCUCACAAAGUUCAAUUUCAGAUGGAGCAGCCGUCCAUGGAGCAGAAAGCCCACGCCAACGUCCCAUGGAUAGUGGAGCCGGGGCAGGAGGCCAAGAGAGGAGUCAACACCAACCAGAGCUAAGCUGCAGACGCAUGAAAACGCUGUCCUGAGGGUGAGCCUCUGUUUCAGCCUGUAGGGGGCAGCAGUGAGCGCGCGUCCCUCCACUCGUUUUUCUAACAGCGAUGCGACAUUUGCCUCUUUUUUUUUUCCCCUUUUAAAUCCCGUCCUCUCCCUUCGCCAGCCCUUGCUCAUCCUUUCUCCACCCCCCCCCCCCAGCUGCCUGAGUGAGAAUAAACCGUAAUGCUGCUAAGAGCUCACACUAGUCUUUUUUUUUUUUUUUUUUUUUUUUUUGGUCCUCUUUAAGAAACCCCUCCGUCAGUAAGCUUUGUGACAUGUCGUGGGGAGGGGAAGGGAGGGGCAAACAGAGAGGAAGGCGCUGAGUUCACUUACUGCAGGGAUGGACUGAUAGGGAAGAACUGUCCUCUGCACCAUGUAGCAGCAUUUUACUUCAGUCAAAAAAAAAAAAUCCUCAUCUCAUCACCCCCCCCAUGUGGUUUGAGCAACGAGUGUGUCUGGGGCGAACUACUGAAAGGGAAGUUUGGCAUGCGGCCUGCUGUAUGUGAGAGGGAGCUGUGGCUUGAGCCCCACCCUGAAAGUACCUCAGUUCGAGCGGCACAGUUCAAUCACACUUAUUCGCAGAAAAGGAAAACAAAUAUUGCAAUGAAAGGAAUGUUUUUGCUCUUUUUAAAAAUUUAAAAAAAAAAAAAAAAAAAAAAAAAAACCACCAACUGUGUAAUUUGCGAAGGCUGUGUGGCUUGUCGAGCGCAUGACGUCCAUGCUGGCCUGGUGAAGAGGGGUGUGGCCAGCAGGAGAGGCAGGGCUGUGGGAGGAGCCUCUGGAUAAGUCAUGUGAUCUCCUUUACAGGGCAGUGCCGGACGCUCAUGUCUUUUACAGUGGAAUGCAAAGAAUGUAGCCAGCCCCGCUAAACACGGACCCUUCUCAGAGACACGCUGUUAAAGGCACCCCCCCAGCCCUGCCAAACACGGACUCUGUCCCGCACGCAGUUCUGACGGACCACAGAGCUUGCUGAGCAACAGGCCUUACAGAAUGUACACUUUUGCAGAAGUCAUCGCUGCCAUGGCAACAACUAUCGCCAGUGUGGGAGGGGGAGUGGGGAGGGUGUUGGGACCCCCAUGGGUUUCAUCUGUGACCUUUGCUGGGAAAGCUGUAUUUCCAGGGAUGGGGGGGAAAGAGUGGUUGGUGGACAGUUACCAAGGCACACACCUGAAAUCUUCUAAAAAGAACCAGUAGGAGGUGGGGCGGGUGGAUUGGGGGAGGGGGGGGUGGAGGGACAUUUGAGUCACCACAGGAUAAAGGACCUCUGGUUUGCCUUUUUCUUUUGGUUUUUUUUUUUGUUUGUUUUUUUUUUUUUUAAUUUAUUUUUAUUUUUUUAAAACUUUUGUGGUCAAGACCACCGUAUAAUAUGCACAACUGAGUGGACUGGCAUCGUGAGGUUGGCAUCACAGAGCUGGCGAGAGCCAGUGUCACCAGGGAGGUAGCUAACCCAAUAACGGUCAUGCCAUCUGAUUCAGUGUUCACAUUGCCAGGCAUUUUAAAUGUUUAAUAUAGAAUUAUUAUACUACCAUUAAUAUUCUUCUUAUUGUGAAAUUAUGGUCUAAUGUUGUCUUAAUGUUACAUUAUUUUUAUAUGACAUGCUGAACUGAAACUGGGCUUCAAAAAAAAAUGCCAUCCUAAAAAAGAACUAUGGGCCCUGAAUGUGUGGAUGGCAGCUAAUGGCUGGGCUUCAUUUGAAAAACCAUUGUAUCAUUUAUUGUGGGGCUGAUGUAAUAUUUUACUGCAGUAUUACUGUACUAGAAUAAAAACAGUCCUCAUGUAAAUAGAUAUUUUGCCAAUUCAUUGUUCAUACAUGUAAUGUAGUAAAAGUCGCAGUAAAUGGCAAUGGAGACAUGGUACCAAAUUUUGAGAGAAAAACAAAAUGUAAAAAAGUUUUAAAGAUUUUACAGGGGACAAUGAAUGAUACCCUGACUGACUGCAGACUAACACCUGUAUAUAGGCUUGGGCUUCCAGUACACAGAUUUUGUAAUUUUAGUCAUUAUUUAUAUCCUUGUAAAGCACAUGGAAUAAACAUGACUUGUACAGUCGCCGAGGGCUCCUGGUCUCUGUCCCUAAACAGUUGCAGGAUUUGUUUUUACAGGAUUGUCUCAUGUUACUUUAUUCUGAGUGUCUGCAUGGCUGCUGAUGCAUUUAUAUGCUAUAAUUACAGCUGUACUCAACAUCACCAACAAAGAUACAAGCCUGAAUGUAGUUUUUUAAAAAAAAAAAAAAGUUGCACAAGGGGAAGAAA